GUUCCACAGGGCUUUGUCUACCAGGCAGGCCAGUACAUCCUCCUGGGCUGGAAAGGCGAGUGGCACCCGUUCACGUUGACCUCGGCUCCUGAGGAGAAUUGUAUCUCCGUGCAUAUUCGGGCAGCCAGCAACCUCGACUGGUGCUCCGCCCUGCGAAAGCGCCUCACAGAGGAGGCACCUGCGCAGGCGAAAGGCGAGCCUAUGUCAGAGAAGCCGCCGAAGGCUCCCAAAAUCUUCGAGUACUCUGACAAGGUGCUUCCGAACAGCCACAUCGUCUACAAUGUGCCCGCAGACCAGGGGGCAGACAAGCUCAAGGAAAUCGCAGGUCAGGUCUCUCCACCGGCAUUGCCAACAGGAGCUUCCGAGCCCGAGGGGAAGCCGUCCAAGCUCCGGGAAGGAGAUCCGGCAUUGAGGUCUGGCGUGAGCUUGUUGAGCAGUCCUCCCGCCAGCUUGCUCCCUCCUGAGGCCGUCAUGCUCCAAGUUACUGGACCCUUUGGUGCUCCUGCACAGAAAGUCUGGAGUUUCGAUACACUGAUGGCAGUGGGUGCCGGCAUCGGCGUCACGCCAUUUGCCUCCAUUAUGCGAUCGGUCCAGCUUCGUGCCAAACAGCGCGAGACGCUGCUCCGAGGCGGAGGCUCAGGCGAAAAGGCAACAAGCACGAUGGUGCAAAAGAUGAUCCCGAUUCCGAAAAAGAUCUAUUUCUACUGGAUCUGCCGUGGUCAGGAAGAGUUCGACUGGUUCUACGACCUGCUCUCGGCGGCCGCAGAAGGUCCAGCGGCAGGUGUUGUCGAGAUCACGCUGUUUUUGACUGGCGAGAUCGAGCUCCAGCAGGUGAAGAAGCUUCCCUGCGCCUCGGGUCAGUUCUUUGGCCGCCCCAACUGGGGCCGGAUCUUCAAGCAGAACCGUGAGAAGCAUCAGGGGGAACACAUUGGAGUCUUCCUGUGCGGCUCGCCCAUCAUCGGCGAAGAGCUCGGUCGGCAGAGCGUAAAGAAUUCGGACGUCAUCGGGACGCCAGGUGGCACACGCUUCUCCUUCUUCAAGGAGCACUUCUGA